AUGUCAGACAACAACAGCAAGAAGACGGAUUAUUUGACCGAUCCAAUGAAUCCGGUCAACAUUACCUCGCCAUUGUCGAUCGAGAAGCUUCUCGAUGAUCUUCGCCAAAAGAUACAAGUCAAGCUUGUUGGCGAUCUAGAGGCGUUCCUUGCAGGCUGCUCCAAACAUGGGCCGGGCAACAUUACUCAAUACCGAGAGUCCGUCUUUGGCGAGCCCUCUGCAUCUACGUCCGCUGCACCUGAGGUAAAAACUAAUGAAGAGGUUGAAGAUCCUAACUAUACUCAUGUCGAUUAUGCUAAGAUGCUACAUGAUAAUGAAAAUAUAUAA